AUGAUUGAUAAAAUAAAGCAAGUAUUUGACAUAAACCAAUCCACAUUAAGUGGAUGUGUAGAUAUAAUUGUAGUAGAAUAAAAAGAUGGUUCAUUAAAAUCAACGCCCUUCCAUGUAAGAUUUGGAAUAUUAAAGGUAUUAAGGAGCAAUGAGAAAAUAGUAUCAAUAAAAAUUAAUGAUAUUUUACAAAAUAUAACAAUGAAAAUGGAUUCUACUGGGGCAGCAUAUUUUGAAGAAAUAAGAGAGGAAAAAUAAUUAGAUAAAUAAAGUUAAAAUAUACAUUUAAUGUCUUAAGAUGAAUUUUCAGAUUUAGAUAUAUAACCUUAUCCUUUAUCAGAUGAUGAAAAAAUAUCUGUAAAAAAAAAAAGUGAAUAGAAUCUUACAAUUUUAAAUGACAAAAAUUAAAUUUAAAAUUCUUAAAAAGAAAAAGAAAAAAAGCAAGAAAAAAAUUUCAUGAAUUUAUUUGGUCUUUUUGGUAAUAAAUAAAAGGAAGAAUUAAAAAAAGAUGAAAUAUCAAUUAAAAAAGAAGAAAAUAAUAAAGAAGAAAUAAAAAAAGAAGAAGCUAAAAAAGAAGAAAUACAAUUAAAAAAAGAAGAAAUUUCAUUAAAUAAAGAAGAGAUUUUAUAAAAGAAGGAAGAUAUUUAAUUAUCUAAAGAUUAAAUUUUAACAAAUAAAGAAGAAUAAAAAAAAGAGUAAACAAUAAUAAAGCAAGAUGUUAUUUAAUCAAAAAAGGAAGAAACAUAAAAAUAAGAAAAUUUUUUAAAAAAGGAAGAAUUUAAAUAAACCAAAGCAUAAAUAGAAAAUUCGGAUGACUAAAAACCAAAGAAUAAUUCUAUUGAAAAAAAAAACAUUUAAGAAAAACUAAACGAAAAAAAUAUUUAAAUAAAAGAAGUUAAAUAAUAAAUGGACGAAAUAAUAGAAAAUUUAUAAUAAAAAAAACUUUUUUUAUAAGAAAAUUUUAAAAGAGACUCUUCUGCUAAAUAAGAAAAUUUAAAUUCCUCUAAAGACAAAAUAUCAGCCAAAAAUAUAUAAAAUAAACAAGAAAUAUAACAAUAAUAAACAUAAAAAAACUUAAAUAAUAUUAGUUAAUAACCUAAUUCAGAUAAUAAAGAAGAUGAAAAAAAAAGAAAUAUAGAAAAAAAAAUAGAUGACUAAGAAGAAGAAGAAGUAGAAGACGAAGAAGAAGAAGAUGAAGAAGAAAUUGGAAUGUCUUUAUGUGGAAACAUUACAUUUAAAAAAGAUUAAGAAAUAGACCUAUAUGAAUUAUUUAAAAGUAAAAAAGUUACAUUUGAAUAAUUUAUAUAAGAUCCUGCAAAAAUAUUAAAUGAUAAAAAUCUUCUUCUUAAAUCAAAGAUCAUUUGUAUCCUUGGGAUGUAGCCUCAAAAAUAAAGUGAUGAUGUUAUGUCUUUUUAAAGUGAUUAUAGCCCUACUUUUGAAAAAGCUAGAAUAAGGAAAGUUUAUAAGCCUAAAUCUGAAAUUUUAAAGUCAUUUAAUUUAAAACCAGGAGUUAAUAAAAUAAAUUAUACAGUAAGUACUUAAUUAUAAGGUUAAUAAAAUGUAGAAGGCCGUAUUUUCCUCUGGCCAUAUAAUGUAUAAAUUAUUAUUUCAGAUAUAGAUGGUGCUAUUACUAAAUCAGAUGUGCUCGGUCAAAUUAUGCCUUUAGUAGAUAAAGAUUGGUCUCAUUAAUAUGUUAUUGGUUUAUAUUAAAAUUGUAUUAAAAAUGGUUAUAAAAUACUUUAUUUGACAGCUAGGGCAAUAGGUUAAUCAGAAUCUACAAGAAAUUUUAUAAAAAAUUUAAAGUAAGCAAAUAAGAAUCUACCUUGUGGACCUGUUAUUACAUCCUCUGAUAGACUUCUACCAUCUUUUAAAAGAGAAGUUAUUGAUAAAAAACCAGAUGUUUUUAAAAUUUAGGUUUUGAGAGAAAUAUAAUCUAUUUUUCCAAAUUAAAAUAUAUAUUAUGCAGGAUUUGGAAAUAGGGAAACUGACGCUAUUGCUUAUAGAUCUGUCGGUAUAAGUAUAUAAAAAAUAUAUAUUAUUAAUCCUGCAGGAGAGUUAUAUUAGUUCAAUAAUACUUUUAAAAAAUCAUAUUAAAUGUUAAAUGAUAUGGUUGAUAUUGUUUUUCCUCCUUUAAAUGAAAACGAAGAGAUAAUUUCAGAAGAAUAUAAUACAUUCAAUUUUUGGAGUAUAAAGCCUAAUAAUAUAGAUGAUAUUGAAAACUUUCUAAGCUGA